AAGACCGCCCUAAUCGGUGUCUGGUCGUCUGCCCAGGACUUUGACCGGCGCGCCCUCAUCCGACUGACCUAUCGCCGCUACAAACCCCACGACAUCGACGUUUACUUCAUUCUGGGGCAGCCUGAGACGGACGCUCACCAGACCCUGGUCGGGUUGGAAAUGGCCGCCCACCACGACAUCCUCAUCCUCAACACGACGGAGAACCUGACAGAAGGCAAAACUUUCGAGUUCUUCCACACGGUGGGGACGAUCUUCGAGGAGGGCGACUAUGUUUUUGUGACCAAAAUAGACAGCGAUGUAUGGUGCGAACUUCCGCAAUUUGCGGCUCGGUUGCAAGCCCUGAUUCGCCAGGGCCAGUCGACCGGGACGUACUUUGGCCGCGCGAUUCACGAGACUUUCAUGGCCGGGAUGGCGUACACUCUGUCCUGGGAUCUGGUGCGAUGGGUGGCCACCGAUCCGUAUCCUGCGUCGCAUCGCGAAGGGUUCGAGGACCAGGUGGUCGGGGACUGGUUGCACCGUAGCGGCUCGCUGAAUCACUUUGUUUCCGAGGAUCAGGCAAUCUAUGACAGCCCCGACUAUCUGGUGGAAGGUGGAUGGGCGCGAAACUACACGGACGGAACGUUGAUUGUUCACCAGCUGAAGCAGAAUGAGUGGUUUUUGCGGACGGCCAAACACUUUCUG